GGCCCGCAGCCCCGGGCGGGGGCUCGGCGCGGGCCCGCGAGAUGCCGGUGUCGGCGGCCCGAGAGGCUGCAGCUGCAGCGGCGGGGGAGGAGGCGGCAGAGGCGGCGGCUGUGCCCGGGAGGGGGGCGGCGUGGGGGGCCGGCGCGUAGCCGGGACCAUGGAGGGGCAGAGUGGCCGCUGCAAGAUCGUAGUGGUGGGGGACGCGGAGUGCGGCAAGACAGCGCUGCUGCAGGUGUUCGCCAAGGACGCCUACCCCGGGAGUUAUGUCCCCACAGUGUUUGAGAACUACACUGCCAGCUUCGAGAUCGACAAGCGCCGCAUUGAGCUCAACAUGUGGGAUACUUCAGGUUCCUCUUACUAUGACAAUGUCCGGCCUCUGGCCUACCCGGAUUCUGACGCUGUGCUCAUCUGCUUCGACAUUAGCCGGCCAGAAACACUGGACAGUGUCCUCAAGAAGUGGCAAGGAGAGACUCAGGAGUUUUGCCCCAACGCCAAGGUGGUGCUGGUUGGCUGUAAGCUGGACAUGCGGACUGACCUGGCCACACUGAGGGAGCUAUCCAAGCAGAGACUUAUCCCAGUCACACAUGAGCAGGGUACUGUGCUGGCCAAGCAGGUGGGAGCUGUGUCCUACGUGGAAUGCUCCUCCCGAUCUUCCGAGCGCAGUGUCAGGGAUGUCUUCCAUGUGGCCACAGUGGCUUCUCUCGGCCGUGGCCAUAGGCAGCUACGCCGUACUGACUCUCGCCGGGGACUGCAGCGAUCCACUCAACUGUCAGGACGGCCAGAGCGGGGAAACGAGGGCGAGAUGCAUAAGGAUCGAGCCAAGAGCUGUAACCUCAUGUGAGGGGUUGCGGUGGGGCAGAGAGGGAGGAGGGCUGGGUGAGAGACACGGUUGUUCCCGUGUAUGCUCCUGGACCUUUUGACCUCCUGACCCUGGCUGGAAGGGCAGGGCAGGCAGAGGAGCAAUUCUGGUUGGAGGAGCUAGAGGAUAGAAGGAUGUCACCCCUCACCCCCAUUCUCCACAUCCUUAUCCCUUCUCUGCUGCCAGCUGAGAGAGCUAACAGGGUGGCAUCUGGUACAUGAACGUGGAUAGGGCAGGUGAAUGACUUUGGUUGAGUCUCCUAUAUGAAGUGUAUCUUCCUUGCACACCCUGGUCCCCAUAUCCCGUCUGCCUUCCCUAAGGAAAGUGUCCAUUUGAUGACCUUCUCUGUCUCUCCCCUCACUUCCACAUCUGCUCUUGUCCAUGCUAACCUUCAGGCAACAUGCACUAAAUUUUAAAGCAAGAAGCUCUUUCCUCCUAUCCACCCGCCGACCAGUUCUAGCUUGCCCUUUCUCCAGCAGUCCGCAAAUAAAGCCCAUGACCAUGGAAAACA